AUGGUUAUGAAAUCCACUGAUGAUGCAACCUCCACUGAUGGUCCAACCUCAACUACUCUUGCCUCCAUUGCUCCUGCCUCCAAUGCUGCUGCUGCCUCUAGUGCUGAUGGUCAAGCCUCCACUGCUCCUGCUGCCAAUGUUGCUACCUCCAAUGCUAUUGCUACCUCAAUUGUUGCUGUCUCCAAUGCUGCUGCCUCCAAUUCUGCUGCUGCCUCUAGUGUUGAUGGUCAAACCUCCACUGCUGCUGCCUUAACUGCUCCUGCCGCCAAUGUUGUUGUCUCCAAUGCUAUUGCUGCCUCAACUGCUGCUGCCUCUAGUGCUGAUGGUCAAACGUCCACUGCUGCUGUAUCCACUGCUGCACCCUCCACUGAUGGUCAAGUCUCAACUGCUGCUGCAGCAUGCACUGUUGGUCGUAGGAGUGGUACAGUUGGGAGAUGUUCUGGGAGUCAUGUCGUUAACAAGUAUAUCCAACUUGUUCAACAUGCUAGAAAUGUGCAACAAACAUGUAUAUCCAACUUAUUGGAUAGAAUUAGGUCUAAGAAAAGGUCAUAAUUAAGUUUGAAUAUUUUUUUUGUCUAUGUUAUAUCAAAAGAGCCUUUUGAAAAUAUGUGAUGUACUCUUUUGAUUGUGCACAAUCUAUGUGCUCUUUUGAUUGUAUUGAACAUGUAUGUCCUUUUGGUUAUAUGGGAAAAAAUGGUUGAGUAUUUUGCUCCUUUUGGUUAUUUUGUGCUCAUUUUGCUCCAUAGAAGUCCGAUAUUGUGUCAAAUAGACAUUCCAUUAGAUUAAACACUUUUACAUUACAUUAAACACAAAGUAGUCCUUCAAAACAUAAACAACAUGUUUUUAGUUCUUGCUUAAGACUAAAACCAAUACUGGCAAAUAAAUUGCCAAUACAAUAAACAUUCUCCUUAGCAUAGACUUCAUGGCCACUUGAUCAGACUUCAUGGCCUCCUGAUUAACUUCAAGUAUCAUCACCCUAUUGCUUAUUUUUGCAAUUUCAUCAUCAUUUGGAGUGGCAGACAUACCAGUAACUGAAAUGGGAUAACAUCAUGCCCAAAAUUCACAAUUUUUAGUCUCACAAACAUAAUACAAUCUUCCUUUCGACGGUUUCUCAGAAUCAACCACUUUGAUUAUUGUUUUACGCCAUAGCCACAAAUUUGGGUACUGAACCUCAAAUCCAUAGGCUCCCCUCCCCUUGAGUUGCUCGAGUAUGACAUCUAAUUAUAACAAAACAUAUUAUGAAGUUGUUACAUAUAUUUUAAAUAAAAAUAAUUAUAAUAAGAAAAGCAUAAUCUUUAUCAUAGUAAUUUAUUAGCCAUUAUAUUACUCAAAAAACAUCUAUAUAUAAAUUACCUUUUUAUGGUAGCUUCCUUCCUCUAGCUCCAACAAAAAGGUAGUACUCCAGCUUUCCGAAGGAAAUGAAAAGCUCUUGGGUUUUAUCAUAGCAUUGGAGGGUCAUUUUGGACAUUUGACUAUAUUUAUUUUGGAGGGAAGCUAAUUUCUUCUUUCUUCAAUCGCCAAAUCAACGAGUCCACUGCAAUACCAUCUUUUUUGACGAAAAACGUGAGAGCUACAGUUUAGUCCAUAACCACAAGGGGGUGAUGUGCAUAUUUCCAAAUGAUAGGUGGGUCAUCUGCUCAAGGCACAAACUACGAGGGAAUAAACUGGAUUUUGCCCUUUAUUUUAAUGUUGUGUUGAAUUGAUCCAAUUUUUUUGCCUUGGUCCCCAGAUGCCAUGUUUGUGUGGGAGUAAUCCUUGAUUGUAGUAAAAACAUCAUUGAUUUUUGCUUAUAUCAUGGGUAUGCAAGAGCUGUAACAAAUAAGACGUUUCAAAAUUAUGUUACGAGCAAAAUACUACAUAGACUUAAAAAAAUAAACUUUAUAAUUACAAUAAUUGAUUUCACUGUAGAUCAAAAUAUUUAUUAAGAUCCACUACAUAUUCAAUAGUUGUGAUAAUCAAGUCUACUUUUUAAGUACAUAUAACAUUACUCUUAUGUUUCCCAUUUACGUUUACCUUAAAAAAUUGACUAAUACAUUCAAAGUUUAUGAGCGCACAACCCACCAAAUCCAGCCACAGCUAGUUGACAGAUCUUUCCAAGGAUGGACUACCAUUUUUAUGCUUCCUUAAUCCAUCGAACACAACAACCAAAGAAUUCCUACAGUUUGCCCUUAAAAAAACUAGUGUGGAGUGCUUAAAAUAGUGAAUCUAGACCUUGCCGUCUUUUUCCCCUGGCAAUGUAAACAAUAGUUUAGACUGACCCCUCUAGACUGCCAAAGAAAAUAUUCGAUAUUCGAAUUAUUUCCUUUGGAUUAGUUAAGAUUACGAAAAUAAUCCAAUGUUGAGCCGAAACAGCCUCAACUAGUAGGCCAUUAUUACUCCAGUUUCCAUUACCUUACACCUUCUGUUGGAUGAUUAGGAAUCAUAUACUUACUAAACACAGAAAAAUUUUGCAAGCAAUCCAAGGACCUCAAAUAAUCCACAACUAAUCAUUUGCACUAUUUUUUAGGCAUUUUGUACAACAAUCUGGAGCUUGACCUAGCUCUUUGAAACAUCCCGACUAUAUAUUUCAUUAACUUCAGAAUUAUUUCACAAACACACUGAUUACACACUAACGCUAUGUUUGGUACAUGGUAUUAGGUCUUAGGAAUGGAAUGAACAUUCCUUGGGAAUCCUAUUAUAAUGUUUGGUUUGCAGGAUUUAAAAUCCAUUCACAUUCCAAAGGAAUACCUAAUCCUACAAAUUAUGGGAUUAGGCAUUACCAAAUUUAACAUGGUAUUCUUCAUUCCCAUUCCACUCGGUAAUGACCCACCCAAUCCAUCGGGAAAAAAUAAAAUAAAACCGAUUGGUUUGCUCUCUUGUCUCAUCUCGUCUCCUCUCUCUCUCUCUCGCACUUUCAUCACAUCUGCAUCUCUCUCUCACACACUCUCAUCACAUCUAUGGCGUCCUCCUCCUUCCCUCCCUGUCGCUCUCUUCGGUGAAGCAAUGCGCCAGAUCCACAACCAAGACCAAGACCAGAUCAAAUUCGACCUUUGCAA